GGCAGGUGUAUCUACUCGCAACAAUCAUUGUUCAAUCCUAGAAUGCCUGGUGCCUGACCGGAGCAUGACAAUGGAUACUAAUGCCCCUCCGAUUGCGCGGUACCUCUGCUUGCGCAUCGAGCGCAAGUCUUCGGCCUCUCUCCUCGCGAGCAAUGGCAGCGGCAGAAGCUCGAUGCACAGGUGUAGGCGUUGAUGAAAGUCAGACCUCCUCCGCAAGCAUACAUACGCCACCGUUUCCGAAUUCCUCCACCGCUACUCCAUCCUACUCAUGCUUUCAAGGCAAUCGGAUCUGGACGCCGGCAGAUGGUAUACUCUUUGCAACAAAACCGCAGAUAUCAAACACCAGUAUUACGAAUGUGAAUACGCAGGGAAGAGCCAUGUUUAUGGUGGGACCAUAUGCACGUCAUGAUCCAACUCAUUCACAGGCAUUCGUCCACUCCAUUGAAAGCAAACGGACAAAUGCAAUCACAAUAAAUAGCAAGAAGUGUCGCAUGGAAAGGCCUAGAUUUGCAUUGCCAUCUCCGCAGCCCACCCAUUGUGGAUCUGUACAUUCUAUCCAUACCUCAAGCCUGAAGGCACAACACCCAGCUAGAUUUCCCAUUGGCUCAGGGAGACCACGGAACUUGUCCACUGAAUCCAGCAGCUGUCGUUCACCAAUUUCCGACGUUGACGAUCCUGGUGAAGCUCGAGUCAGUGUCUUCACCGGGAGUGAGUCGGCGACAACUACAACAGGACCUUGUCGUGGAACUUUGGAUACGGGAGUUUCCCGCCCUCAAACCGAUGAUUCUGAAAUUACCCAUACCUCGGUCAAUCCAGACAGUUCAGUCAUGCCUGAUCCAAAUAUAUUAGAAUCGAAAGAAUCAAGCUUCGUCAUUAGCGAGGGAGCGGACCUGCUAGAUGAUGCUGAAAAUAUGGAAGAGCACGCUCCUCUGUCUUUCCAGAUUCCCGCCGAUACUCUGCGCGAGAAGAUGCAGGUAUCUCCGCGUGUAGGAGAUCGAUACUGGUCCCACAAACUUUAUCGUGGUCUUAAUGAUGAGUCAUUACUCAUCCACUAUUGCAAAACGUUUGAGAUCGCGGAGCAUGUAGCGAAGUAUUUCCUUCAAGAGAAGGUGAUCGGUUUUGACAUCGAGUGGAAGCCUUUCGGACGUGCCGACUCAAUAAAAGAAAAUGCUUCUCUCAUUCAACUUGCUUGCGAGGGUCGAAUUGCACUCUUCCACCUUGCUCUGUUUGACGGUACGGCGGCUGAGCAGCUUCUUCCCCCUUCACUGAAGGCUGUCAUCGAGUCACCGAACGUUUUGAAAGUUGGCGUGGCAAUUAAAGCCGAUUUUACAAGGCUGCAGAAAUACCUCAAUGUUGAGCCGCUCGGUGUCUUUGAACUCAGCCGGCUUCAUAACCUGGUAGAAAACUUCACCAUCAAUCAUGAGAAGGCUGGUUCCAAAAAGCAUGUGGGACUUGCCGCUCAAGUACAACAGCAUUUGCAGUUACCCCUUGAGAAAGGUGAUGUCAGGCACAGUGACUGGAGCAAACUUCUCACUCCUUCCCAGAUUGAAUACGCCGCUGCAGAUGCUUAUGCUGGGUUUCGGUUAUUCGAUGCACUAGAUAGGAAGAGAAAAUUACUUAAGCCAAUACCUCCUCGGCCACUGCUUUGCGACUUUGACCCCAAAGCUACCCCGAGCCGGCGAAGAGCACGUAGAAAGCGCUCGACAAAGGUUGCCUCCGACGACAGGCAGGAUGAAUCUGAAGGCUUGGUGGCCGAAGAAGGCGAGGAUGCUGAAGAGUAUGCGGCAGUGGCGGAGGAUUUCCAAGGCUGCGAAGACUCAACAUCUGCUCCGCAAACUACGCCAUCUACAAUGUCUCCAAGUGUUUCUCUAGUCCAAAAGGAUAGCCACCCACCUGAGAAAAACUACAACGCAUCGAUAGAUCAGCAACAAACUCGGCAUAUCGGGCGUAUCAAGAUGACAGCAUACACGGAUGGCGAAGUUGUUUAUCCGUCUUUGCCAAUGGUAGGUUCUGAUGUUACAAACAUGUUGGAUUUCCCAGCCACAUUGGAUCCUUCCACGCCAUCGCAAGUCCAUGACAGAGCGCAUGAGGCCAUUGGCAUACAAAGCCCGCAUGAUGGCCUUAGUUGGGGUAAAGGAGCCCAUCAAUCAAGCAAUGGGACACUGGAAAAUGGAAAUCCGGCAACAGCUAAUCCUGUCGAAGAGUUGAAACACUCCGAGAUUCAAUCACCCCGCUCAGCUUCAGGCCUGGCAUUUAAGCCACUUAUGCCGAGCGCAAAGAAUGACCGAUCCUCUGAAUACAAUCUUGCAGAAGAUUGGGCGCAGUCGUACCUCUACCGAACGAUCCCCUUACCCACUUCGACUACGACAGCCCGGAUACGCGCAACUGUCCCACUUCUACGUGCCUAUCAUCUAUGGUAUCACCAGAGCAUGACUCCAGACGCUAUUUCGCGUCAACUCAGAGAUCCGCCACUGGCGAUCAGCACCGUUUCGAGCUAUAUACUACAGGCCGUGACAAUAGAAAAACUAGCUUAUAGAAAUCAGGACAUGAGAGAUGUCUUAAAUGGGAUACCUGUCGGAUUGAGAAUGACAAGAUGGAAAUGGCUGGUCGAUAAAUUAGGAGGCGUUUAGUUAUCUCAAUGUACUUUGUCACUAGUGAGAAUUCUUCCGGUCCGAGAAGAAUUCGCGUGCAUUUGGGGCAUUUUAGGCGUAUUAUAAUGUUCUCCAGCUAAGGCGUCACUUUGGAUCAGCGUUACAUUUUCACUGCGGUUCCGGGAAACUUAUCCUCUCCACUAACACAAACUUCUAGAUUCGUUGAUUUAGUAACGAUGACAGCUCAUGUAACGUUGCCUCGGUGGAGCAGAAGGCAAGACAGCAUUAAUUGGUCCAACGGGGAAUUCGUAACACUGAACUCAAAUGAACGCACUAGCUUCGCCUUGUUACCAACAUUGCUGGGGGGCGGUAUUACAAUUCCUGAAUUGUUGCGAAGGGGCUAAAGCAAUUCG